AUGUUCCGCGAGCCGCAGAAGGGCGAUUGGGCCGACGCAUCGGACGAAGAGGGCGACGACGGCCUCCUGCGCACGACGCCGGCGCCUGCCACGCGCGCCCCGGCAGCAGCGACCAACUAUUGGGCGUCGCGCGCGCAGGCGACGACGACGCCGGCGCAAGAGCAAAAAGCCGAGCCGCACCAGCAACAAGACGCCCGCGCGCCGCGCCAAGAGGCCGGGCGCUUUGAUCGCCAGGGCAGUGACCGUGGAAGCGAUCGCGGCUUUGACCGCAACAGCAGCGACCGGGGAUACAACCGUGGCAACGACCGGGGCUACGACCGCAGUGACCGCGGCGGUGACCGCGGCUACGGCGGCGAUCGUGGCUACGACCGUGGCGGUGACCGCGGCUACGACCGUGGCGGUGACCGUGGCUACGAUCGUGGCUUUGACCGUGGCGGCGACCGCAACCUUGAUCGUGGCAGCGACCGGUACGGCAGCCGCGCAGACAGCGACAGCCGCUCGUUCCGACGGGCGCCGGCCGCGCCUCGCUACGAAGGCAUUGUCAUGACGCUCAAGGAAGACGGCGGGUUUGGCUUUCUCCACUCGCUCGACCUCGACCAAGACGUCUUCUUCCACGAGAGCGAGGUGCCCUCGCGCCCUGCGACCGACGACGCCGCCGCGUCCCUUCCGCACGUCCAGGUCGGCGACGAGCUCUCGUUUGAGUUGACCAUCAACCGCCGCAACGGCAAGGAGAGCGCUACGCACAUGACGCGGCUGCCCAAGGGCACGAUCGUGACCGAAGACAUUGGCGACAUCGUUGAAACCGGGGUCGUGACCAAAGGUACCUUGCCGCCCAAGCACGCCAAGGGCCGGCUUGGCGACCGCCCGACGCCCGAAGUCAUGGGUACGAUCGAGCUCACGCCGGUGGCGACCGAGGCGACGGACGACGCCCCCAAGCCGCUCAAGCGCCACUACGUCCGCUUCAACCUCGACUCGGUCGCGGCCGACGACGGCAAGAAGGUGAUUCCGCGUGUCGGUGACGACGUGGCGUUCCGCGUGGCCGUGCACAAGCAGCUCGGCACGAAGCGCGCAGUGGACCUCCACGUCACGUGCUCGGCGAGCAAGAAGCGGGCGGCGGCCAUCGACGCGGCGCUCGUCGACCUUGAGCGCGAGACCGGCAUCGUCUCGUCGAUCAAAGGCUCAUCGGGCUACAUCAAGUGCCUCUCGCGCCUCCAAGAUGCCUUCUUCGCGUACGACCACAAGAGCAUGGGCGCUACCAUCAAGGAGAAGACGGAGGUCUCGUUCUUCAUCUUGCCCGAGCACCUCCAGGCCGAAGACCGUGGCAACGCCAAGGUGACUGCGCUCAAGCUCGAGGCGCUGCCGGAAGGCUCGGUGCUCUUUGAAGAAAUCAUGGCGUCCAGCGUGCACGGCAAGAUCGUGGUCAAGCCCACCGAGCCAUCUCGGCAGUUUGCCAAGGCCAAGCCCUCGGCGCGUGGCAAGAUCGCUGUGACCGACGCCGAGACGCCGGCCGAGUACGCUGUCGACGGCUCGGAGUUUGACGCCAACUACACCCCGAAAGAAGGCGACGAAGUGCUCUUUGACGUGCUGCACGACCUCCGCCGCGGCGAGAAGAUCGCCGUCAACGUCCGCAGCGUGCUCCUGAACCCAAUCGGGCGGGAAUGCGGCGUCGUGACGGCCAUGAAGGACGACUUUGGCUUCCUCAAGUGCGUGGACCGACCGGGCGACGCGUACUUCCGCUUCUCGGACGUGCUGCAGUCGACGUACCACCUCACGCUGCGCAUGCACGCUGAAGUAUCGUUCGAUGUGAUCGAGCCCACCAAGGCGAAGGACGGUAUCCGCGCGACCCGGAUCCAGCUGCUGCCAAAAAAUACGAUCCAGUGGGAGACGCCGCUCGACGACAACAUCGCCAAUGCAGUCAUCCUCGCGGUGCCCGGUCGUCCGGCGUUCAAGGACCACAGCGGCGACAAGCCGUCAGGAGAAGCCAAGUACGGCAAGCUCUCGUACACGGCCGUGAGCUGCCCGUUGGCCGCGUACCCGGAGCUCAAGGCCGCGGUGCUUGCUGGCCUUGACCAGUCGGUGAGUGACGUCGACCAAAGCGUGACGCUCAAGCAGCUCCACGCGUCGCAACGCCUUGCGCUCGCAGCGUUUGCUGCCUACUUUGGGCUGGCAUACGCUGAAGAGCGCAACACGGCGACGCUGACGCAGGCCCGUGACGCGGCCCGCGUCAGUGACUGGGCGAUCACGACGCCGUGCGAGCGCACGGUCGUGUUUGCCAACGACGCCCACAAGGACGUGCGGUACGAGCCGAGCGUCGGCGACACUGUGCGCUGCAACGUCGUUGCGACCAAGAAGGGCGGCCACCUUGUGCUCGCCAAGGACCUCGUGCUGCUGCACUCGGACGCGCCGCUCUCGCAGGGCUGGGUCACGGCCAUCAAGGCGGACGGACAGUACGGCUUUCUCGAGCCGACGACGUCGUCCGACUCUGUAUUUUUCCACUUCCGCGAUGUCGGCGAGAAGGCCAAGAUCAAGGUCGGCGACGAAGUCGAGUACGUGCUCAAGCCGGCCGCCGACAAGAAGACAAAGGCCACGCAGAUCCGCGUGCUGCCUCCGGGGUCGCUCCCGCCCAAGCAGGUCGUGGCGUACGAGGCGGUCGUCGAGCGCGUGAGCUUGCGCCCCAAGGCGCGCGAUGUGAAAAAAUCGACGGCCGGCAAGCUGCGCGUCGUGCCCGAGGCCGAGGUUGCGGCCGCGACGGACGACGAAGAGGCGCCGACGCUCUUGCUCUCGUUUCACUUGGAAGAUCAGGUCGACAAGCAUGUGGUGCUGCGUGCUGGCGACCGCGUGCGCUGCGUCGUCAAGGGCUCGGGCAAGGCCGCGACCGAGGUGGCCCUUGUCGCGUCCAACGCCAAGACGGGCGUCGUGUCGGCCGUCGACGAGUCGGGCGCCGGCUCGAUCCAAGUCGACGGUGACGAGACGCCCGCAGCGUUUGUGAGCAAGCAGGUGCUGGGCAGCAGCGGCCGCUUCCUCAGCGUCGGGGACAAGGUCGAGUUUUCGACCAACCACAUUGGUGACGCGCUGCACGCGACAAGCAUUGUCCGCCUCGAGAGCGCAGCGCCCGAUCGCAAGGUGACAGUCAACUCGAGCCUGCGCCGACAGCUCAAGGAGGCGACGGCCCGGACCGCCAAGGGCCCGGACGGCACGAAAGGCUUUGCGUCCGGGUGGCGGUCGCAAGUCGAGGAAGAUCAAGUGUAUACCUAG